AGGCAUCUGUGGUAUUAUUUUGAGAGGCCGGCCUAUGCACUCAGCACUCCUAUUAAAGCAAGCACCAAAGUUACAGAAGGCUAUAUAGAUUCCAAUUUCACAAGAAAUGACAGAACUCAAGAAGAAGCUUCACGACAAGGUGGCAAUAGUCACCGGUGGCGCCAGCGGCAUUGGCGAAGCCACCGCACGAAAAUUUGCGUUGCAUGGUGCCCGUGCGGUAGUCAUCGCCGACGUCCAAGACCAGAAAGGCCAGGACGUCGCCGCUUCGAUCGGUCCUCACUGCAACUUCAUCCACUGCGACGUCACAGACGAGGAACAAGUGAAGAGCCUGGUCGAUUCAACGGUCCAGAUGCACGGUCGCCUGGACAUCAUGUUCAGCAACGCCGGAAUAUUCUGCUCGUCGAUGCAGACCGUGCUGGAGUUUGAGUUAUCAGAGUACGACAAGCUCAUGGUGGUCAACGUACGUGGGAUGGCGGCGUGUGUGAAGCACGCCGCGCGAGCCAUGGUGGAAGGUGGAGUUAGGGGGAGCGUUAUAUGCACGGCGAGCGUUGUGGCGACUAUUGGAUUAAAGUGGUUCACAGACUACACCAUGUCAAAACACACCAUUUUGGGGCUGAUGAGGUCGGCGAGUAUCCAGCUCGGCGCGUACGGGAUACGCGUCAACUGCGUGUCGCCGGGAACUGUUCAGACGCCAAUCACAGACUCCUUGGUUAACUUCAAAGAUGUAGAGCAGAUGACCAAGUUUACGGCGUCGUUAGGGAUAGAUGGAGGGAAAGAGUUUAUGUCGCCGGAGCAUGUGGCAAACGCAGUCGUGUUUCUGGCUUCUGAGGACUCUCAGUUUAUAUCCGGUCACAAUCUGGUCGUAGAAGGUGUUGUAGACGGUGGCCAGAAAAGUUGAUAUACCAGUUCACCUCAAGUCCUCAACCUUGAUGAAUCGCGCGCAAACGAAUAGGCACGUACUCAUGCGGCCAUAUAUGCGUUACGAAAUAAACCUAGCUUCUUUCUUUUCUGUUUUCUCCUCUGUCUUUUUUCCUGCUGUGGAAAACUACUUGUGAAUUGGAUAGAUCCAGUACAGUUGCAUCAUAAGAUUUACAUCCCUUGCCUGGUUAAUGUAUUAGAAUUUCAGAAC